AUGGGGAGAUCCCACAAGUCCAGGAAGAGGAGAAGAUCACCCUCACCGGAUCGCUUUGCCGCUUUAGAGCGAAAAAUGUCGCGUAUAAUGGACAUGCUGUCACAAAGUGAGGUUAGGGCGCCCAGCUGUCCCUCCCCAUCGACAUUUAGACCUUUGGCAGCUUCCCAGGAGGAUUUUGGGUUUCGUACUGACUCAGUAUCUGGCACUCCUAUGAGUCCCCAUCUAAGUGCUGACUCAAAUCAUACUUUGGCUCCCCUUGUGCGUCAAGAGGGACCAUCGAACCCAGAACUAUCAGGUGAGAACCCUGAAACUGAGGAUAAUGUUUCCGUAGAACAGCCGGAGCGGUUUUCUAUUGAGGAAGACGUCCUUCAGACACCUCCUGCUCCAGUGGAGGACAAUGCAGACCCUCUCACUAGACAGUUAUUUGGGUCAGAGCUUGGAGAAAACGAAACGCUGUUUUGGAAUGAGCUUGUAAUUCAAAACUGGCGCGACUUAACGCGCAAGGGUCUCCCGCAAGAUCAACGUGAAAUGUUAUUCAAAAAUUAUACUUGUCAUGAGCCUCUGGUUUUCCUCAAGGCCCCCACUUUAAAUCAGGAGUGCAAGGUGGCGCUUAAAAAUUCUUCUGUGGUGAAGCGGGAUGACUACGCUAAGAGGCUUCAAGAUCAAGCGGGUCUAGCUUUGUGCGCUUUAGAUCCUUGCAGAUCUUUUCUAUCGCACUUCCUUGAACAGAAGGGCUUUAAUUACACCAUCCCUCAAUCUAAACGCCAAGCAUACUGCCGAUACCAUUCCAGUGGACGAUCUUUUGUUUGGAGCUUCCUUUGGGGAAGAAAUGAAAAAGGCAGUGUCCAUGGAAAAGUCCUCGAAAGACAUCAUCAAACCGACGCUAGCUAUUUCCAGGAGAGUUCAGCAACCCAUCAAACAACUGACGCGACCCGCUCCGUCUACUUCGGGAAACUUCCGCGCCCCUGUACGUUAUCCGAGAUCGGCAACGAAGAGGACAGGGGCACCGAGCAACAGUCGCCGAUCGUAUCACCGCUCCCGAUCUCAGACGAGGAGGAGGUAGUCAACGAGGGACUUUCAUCCAGCCUGGAGCAGAAUUUCCCUGGUGGCCGCGAGGUUAUCAGGCAAGCCUUCUUACUUAAGGGAAUACCACCUUCAGCUUUAGCUGCGACGCUAGCAUCCCUGUCGAAAGCUACUAUAGCUCAAUAUUCGAAGCCUAUUAAACUUUGGUGGCUCUUCUGCAAGGAGAAAGAUGCCAACUGCUUCGCUCCAUCUGUGUCCCUCUUCUUAGAAUUUCUGUCAUCUUUGCUCGAGAGGGUGGGUUCUUAUGCUACCCUAAAUACUUACCGUUCAGCAAUUUCUCUUCUUUCUCAGGACGAAAUAGGCGCUCACCCUCUAGUCAAGAGGUUCUGUAAAGGAGUUGCUGCUCUAAAACCUCAGCGCCCUCGAUACGAUUAUAUGUGGGACCCGGCUCCAGUGAUCUCGCAUUUAGCUUCAUUGUAUCCACAUGAAGACCUCUCCUUAGAAGCAAUCUCACUAAAACUGGUUACUCUCCUCGCUCUUACCACUGCCCAGAGAUUACAAACUUUGGCAGCUAUUCAGCUACCAAAUGUGUCCUUUUCGGAUUCUCUUAUUAUAAGGAUUCCUGCACGCCUCAAAACCUCUGGAAUUGGUAGAUCUCAGCCUUUGCUUUUCUUUAAGCCUUUCGUUGACAAACCAGAGCUAUGCAUCUUCUCCUUAAUAAGAUUUUAUUUGACUAUCACAG